UGGGUUCUGUGUUUACUGUUAGCUAGUUAGAGCUCUUUGUUUUUGUCAUCACCUGAAGUUCAAAAUGUCUCGGCUGAACAGCAGCCUGCUUUGUUUUCCAUAAUUCUUUUAAAGAAAAUAUAGUUAAAUGUGCUGAUAAACAUUUUCAGGAGGUUAUUUUUAUCCACACUUUCCCCCCUCACUUACUGAAGAGGAAGCUUCAUCUGGAAACUUCUGGAUAAGGUCAUCCUAAAGUUAAGAUAAGGUCUACAUUGAAGGUGGCAGCCAUGGUGUUGAUUCUUGGCAGACGGAUGAACAGGGAGGACUCUGGGAUCAGAGACUCACCAGCUGUCAAACGCAAGGUAUUUGAGGUCGACUCCAAAACUAUAGCCGCCCAGGAUGUCUUGGACUUCUGCUCUGGCGCGUCCCACUCUGAGGGCAUCCUGCAGGUAUUCAACGAGUUUCGUGACUGCCGUCUCUUUACAGAUGUUGUGAUCAGCGUGCAGGGUCGAGAGUUCCCUUGCCAUCGUGCUGUCCUCUCUGCCUGCUCUUCCUACUUCAGAGCCAUGUUCUGUAAUGAUCACCGUGAGAGCCGUGAGAUGCUGGUCGAGAUUAACGGCAUCCUGGCCGAGGCAAUGGACUCCUUCCUCACCUACGUCUACACCGGGCGUGCAAAGAUCACGACCGAAAAUGUCCAGUUCCUCUUUGAGACCUCCAGCCUCUUCCAGAUCUACACACUACGAGACGCCUGUGCCAAGUUCCUGGAGGACCAACUUGACCCAUGCAACUGUCUCGGCAUCCAGCGCUUUGCAGACGCCCAUGCCCUGAAGCAGCUAGCUAGCCGCUGCCGCAGCUAUGCCAUAGGCAAUUUCUCAGAGGUGGCUCAGCAUGAGGAGUUCCUUGACUUGCGAAAGGAAGAGCUGGAGGAGUACACUGCCAGUGACGAACUGUAUAUUGGUAAGGAGGAGGUGGUGUUUGAGGCGGUGAUGCGAUGGGUUUAUCACAAUGUGGAGCAGAGAAAGCCCAUGUUGAAGGCCUUGCUGCACCAUGUGCGCCUGCCACUUCUGCACCCUAACUACUUUGUCCAGACUGUGGAGGGGGAUCAGCUCAUCCAGAAUGCUCCAGAGUGCUACCAGCUUCUCCACGAGGCCAGACGCUACCACGUGCUUGGAAAUGAAAUGAUGUCACCCAGAACUCGUCCACGCAGGUCGACUGGCUUCUCUGAGUUGAUUGUUGUGGUGGGGGGCUGUGAGAGAGUAGGGGGCUUCAACCUGCCCUACACUGAGUGCUACGAUCCAGUCACAGGAGAGUGGAAAUCACUGGCUAAACUACCUGAGUUCACCAAGUCCGAGUAUGCUGUCUGUGCCCUCCGCAAUGACAUUCUCGUGUCAGGUGGGCGUAUAAACAGCAGGGACGUGUGGAUGUAUAACUCCCAGCUCAACCUGUGGAUCAGGGUGGCUUCUCUCAACAAAGGCCGCUGGAGACACAAGAUGGGUGUCCUUCUGGGCAAGGUUUACACCGUGGGUGGUUACGACGGGCAGAGCCGCCUGAGCAGUGUGGAGUGUUACGACUCCUUCUCCAAUCGCUGGACAGAGGUGGCUCCCAUGAAAGAGGCGGUCAGCUCUCCGGCAGUGGCCAGCUGCGCAGGAAAGCUCUUUGUCAUAGGAGGAGGCCCAGACGAUGACACUUGUUCAGACAAGGUUCAGUGCUAUGAUCCAGAGACAGAUACUUGGUUACUGCGGGCCAACAUCCCCAUCGCCAAGCGUUGCAUCACAGCAGUGUCCCUAAACAACAUGAUCUAUGUGUGCGGUGGUCUCACAAAGUCCAUAUUCUGCUACGACCCUGCAGAAGACUACUGGAUCCACGUGGUUAACACCUUUAACAAACAGGAGAGCUGUGGCAUGUCAGUGUGCAACGGUAAGAUCUUCAUCCUCGGGGGCAGAGGAGAAAAUGGCGAAGCAACAGACACCAUCCUGUGUUACGACCCGGCAACAGGCAUCAUCACAGGAGUGGCAGCCAUGCCACGGCCGAUCUCCUACCACGGCUGUGUGACCAUACACCGCUUCAACGACAAAUACCACAAGCACUGACCACGACCCAACACACGGACCACACACUCACUCUGACAUAGGAGCACACUAAAAAAAACUACAACUCUCUAAACUGUAUGCUCUUUAAGCACAGCACACGCACAGCACAAACACACUUCUUUCCAACAGUACUGGUGAGCUAAUUUAUUUUCUCUCAGCAUCAUGUAGCAAAACUCAUUGUGGUUCCCUGAAUAUUUUGAUCUUCUUUACUUUAGUUAAAGCCCCUCUGUGGAAAUGUUUAACACUUGAUAAUAACCUCUUGGUAACUGUAGCAGAAGGGAAGUCAGAAAACUUGCAGGAUGUAAUUGUUAGUAACUCCAAAAGGUUGGGAAGUUAUGGAUCAGAAGUGAAAAAAAACUUAAGAAAAAUUAUAGUUAUAAUGGUAAUUAUUGUGAUAACUUCUUGAAAUACCCAACAUGAAUAUUUAGUUUUUAUUUUUAGUUUUUUGAAAUUAUCAUAGAUAUUGCUGAUGAACAAAAUCAAUACAUUAAGACAAACAUAAAAAAAAAAAGCCCACCCAAUCAUGAUCUGCCAGUAGAAGAAAAAAAGCAAUAUUCAUUGAUCAGUGAUGUCCUUUUUAACUCUUUUAAUUGAUGAUAAAAAUGACCUGAUAAAGUGGUGAGCAGUCAGACAGCCGCUCAUCCACAGAAUCAGAGGUUUGACGCCUCAGCCUCUGAUACAAAUAGCAGAGGCUGAGUCCUCAAAACAUUUGAGCGUCGUCACUGUUCGCUCACUUCUUUUUCCUACCUCUUUGCUCACAUCAAUCCAAUGUUCACCUGCUCAUCAUCGAUAUGUGUUUCCCCUUUUCCCUGCUCCGACUGUACCAUCACCUCACAUAUCCUUUCUACAUUAAUAUCUCCUUUUUUAAGCUUUAUUCCACUCCAUAAUCAUUAUUGCUAUUACUCAUAACUGACUUUUUUAUUUUUUAUUUUCUUAAGUUAUACUUGUUUGUACUUUUAUAACUGAAUGUUUACUGUACUAUACCUAGCUUUAGUGUGUCUGUUUUUUUUUUAUAGAUGGUAGAUUAUUAGUGUACUUGGCUUGCGGUUGGUUUAGUAGAUGUGAGAAGCCUUUGCAGAUCAAACUCAAAGACGGCUCAGAAUAAGUUGUGUGCAUGUUUGGUGUGUGUGACUUUUACAACAUGGUCUGGAUGUGCUGGAGCCAGGUGGAUUUAUCUGAGAAUUCUAGUGUAAGUGUUGCAAGGCUACAAAGUUCUGUCAGAGGAAACUUUCCCACCGGCGGUGGCACCUCUCACCUGUUCACUACGUGUAAACAUGUCACUCGGGGUAACCAUAGAAACCUCCAGCUGUGUUUGAGUCUUUGCGUGAUUACUGGUCAACGAAGGGGGCGUGUGUAGCAGUGCUAUUCUACGCAUAGUUUCUGAAUGAUGACAAUUCAGGAUGAUGUGGCUCAUGGUCAGUAAAAGUCAUCUUUUACUACAUUAGGUGUUGAUAGACUAGAACUAUUGCUGUGAACAUAACUUUAAUAUGUUUUCUUUGUUUAACUUGUAUUUAAAUGUAUUUCUUUCUUGGUUGUAUAUUGUGUUUUUCUGUAACUAAGAGCCCCAAAUGUGCACUUUGACAGAAUCCUGUUAAAUGUAGAAUUAAGUGAUAAUGACUUCUUGUUUGUUUUUUACUGUAUCAGUAAAUGUUCUUUGCUUUCAUGUGACAUAUGGAAGAGACACUAAAAGGGCCUGUCAGUUCCUCCUGUUUGUUAUGACCUGUGUUAGUUCUGAAAUUCUAACCGAAAUAUCAACAAAAAUGCUAAAAGAAAACGAUGUAAAGAGGAAGUGAGAAGCUUUGACUUCCCUUUAAGUGGACAAGAGGCA